AUGAAUGGAAAUACUUUGUGCAUUACCUUGGUUGGAAUAAAAGUUGCCACUCCAUACCUUGGUUCAAGAGGACUGCUGGCAGCAAAAAAUAGACUAGAGAUUGUGAGUGGCUUUCCCAGUGGAGUCGGAAACAACCUGGUACUUGGUACGAAAAUUGCAGUUGCUUUGUGGGAUAGUUUUGCACUGAAGCUGAAUACUUACAUUUCAAAACAUCAUAAUGAAACUGCUCUGGUUAUCAUACUGCUACGUUUGGCCAAACUCAAAAUUUGGGGUGGUUAG